AUGGAGAGCUGGGUGUGGGUAGCUUGUCUCUUACCCUCGGAGUCUCUGGGUACGGAGGCCGUGCUGGAGGGAGGUAUGCAUGAUCAUAUGUCACAGAAUAUUAAAAACUUAAAACACUCACUACAUUUGUACAGUGGCUCUUCGCUUGAUGUUGGUAUAGAAAAAGACUACAAAGAUGUCAAAGAUUCUAUGCGACCUCGGGCUGGCUCAGACAGUACCAGAAACCCUGUGAGUAAGGUUAUAGACCUUAUCAGAUAUAGAAGUUGUAGUGCUAUAUCUAGCGAAGACAAAAAAAAAUCAAAAGCGAUAAUACAACAUCAGUCACAACAUGCUGCACAAAGUACUUUACGACGAGGCUCUUUAGACCCAUUGACUAGGCGAUUAUCCUUGGGAACGACAAUAACACCACAUAGAGCUUCUGAUGCUUGUUUGGAUCCAGUACAUGCAGCAAUACUUUUUCGAGAUGCAAGAGGGUACGAGAAUGGCUGA